AUGGACGAUUCAGUCAGGUCUUUAAUUAGAUUUGUUAGUAGAGGAUUUUAUACUACUCCAUUUAUAUUAAUUUUAGAUGCAGUUUUAAGACAUUCAGUAUUAUCAGAAGAUGAUUUAAUCCAUUUACUUGGUAUUAAAAGAAAAGAAUUAAGAUCAUUAUGUAAUAAAUUAGUUGAUGAUAGAUUAUUAGUUAAUCAUAUACAAAGAGAAGAUAAUGGUCAACAAAAAUAUGUUACUAGAACUUAUUUUUAUAUUCAUAUAACUGAAGCAAUAGAUUCUAUCAAAUGGAAAGUUCAUUCAAUUGUAAAUCUGUUAAAACAAGAAAUGUCAACUUUUGGUAAUCCUCAAGGUUAUGUUUGUCCUCGAUGUGGAAGAAAAGUGUCACAAUUAGAUGCAAUAUCAUUAUUAAGUGAAGAUAAAACUGAGUUUAUAUGUGAUGUAUGUCAAGGUGUAUUAAUUGAAGAUGAUUCAUCACAACAAGCAGUUAUAAAACAAGAAAAAUUAGAAGAAUUAAUGUUACAAAUUGAUCCAAUUAUAAAAUUUUUAAAAAUUAUUGAUGAUUCUCAAAUUCAAGAUAAUGAUUUUGAAAGUGCUUUGUUACAAGCCAUACCAGCACAAUCAGCAACAUCAGCACAAUAUACAUUAUCUAAUAAGAUUAGUAAUAAAUCAAGAUCAAAUGCUCAAGCAUUACAAGCAGCAGCAGCAAGAUCUCAAGCUACUUUACAUGUUUCUAUAACUGCAAAUGAUGAAAAUUAUGAAAAAGAACAAGAAGAAAAAGAAAGAAGAAGACAAAAAUUAGAACAAAAUGCAUUACCUUCUUGGCAUUCAAACAGUACUGUAGGAAACAAACAAAUUGUAGAUUAUAUUAAAGAAGAAGAAGAUAAUAAUAAUGAUAUAGAAGACUCAUUAAGUAAAGAUGGUAAUACUCCAGAAAUUAAAGAAGAAAAAAUAAAAACAGAAGAAAUUGAAGAUGAUGGAAUUACAACUGAUAUAUCUUCUGAAUUACCAACUCCUGAACCAACUUCUUUGGGUGGAAACUCAGCUAACAAUACACAAUCAUUCAAUAAUAAUAAUAACAAUAAUAAUAAUAAUAAUAACUCAGAUCUAAAAGAUAAAGAAGCUCAAGAUGCAUUAGCUGCUUAUUAUGCUCAAUUAGCUGAACAAGAUGAAGAUGAAGAUGAAGAUGAUGACGACGAUGAUGAUGAUGAUGAAUUUGAUGACAUACUUUAA